AGCCCAAAACUUUUUGACCUUUGGGAAUUGUACCCAUUGAGUGCCCCAGUUGAGGGGUUGGCACUGUGAAUCACCAUUAGCCCUCGCUUCUUCUCCUUUUGACGAUUCCUCGUGAUCUCUCUCUCUCUCUCUCUCUCACGAUCUUAAAGUUCUUUGACUUUCACCAGUAAUUGGUGUAAAUUAGGAUCAAAAAGCCUUGUUCAAGACUCAUGUCUGUUCCUAAGGAGGAAGACUUGUCGCCACAUUCCCAGCUUUCAUCUCACUUUUUCUUGGAUCUCCUUGAUUCCAUCAUAGUUGAUGUGGCAUCAGAGUGUCACAGAGUGGCAAGGCUUGGACUUGAUUCUAAUUUGGAAGAAGAAGAUGAAGAAUUGAAGCUGUCAGCACAAGCCAGGGUUAGGGUGGCUGAUCCUAGUAAUAGUAAUGAAGCAAAUGGCAAGUAUGUGGUUGACAUAUUCGGACAAACCCAUCCUCCUGUUGCAAAUGAAAUAUUUCAGUGCAUGAAUUGUGGUCGAUCUAUCAUGGCUGGGAGAUUUGCUCCUCAUUUGGAGAAGUGCAUGGGGAAGGGUAGGAAGGCUCGUCUGAAAGUAACAAGGAGCAGCACAGUUGCUCAGAACCGGUAUUCACGAAGCAGUCCUCUUUCUGCACACUCACCAUCUUCAAAUUAUUCUACAAACAGCAUGAACCGGUUGCCAAAUGGAACCUCCAAUUUUGCAGGUGAGGAGCACUCAAAUGGAACACUGGAGUCAUGAUGAACUAGUUCAUGUUUGAUGCCUACCAGCAUGCAGUUGGAUUUUAUGUGAUUCAAACAAUUUUAUAACAGUUUCCUUCACUUUACAUUGUAAUGUUGAGAAAAUCUUGUGAUGAAUAUCAUGAUAGAGUUUUUAGAGUGUAUCGUUUAAAGAAAUAAAAUAGUGUGCAAAA